GCAGCAGCAUGCUCUACUUCCAGGUGGUGAUCAUGGCAGGGACGGUGAUGCUGGCGUACUACUUCGAAUACACGGACACGUUCACCGUGAACGUGCAGGGCUUCUUCUGCCACGACAGCGCCUACCGCAAGCCCUACCCGGGCCCCGAGGACCGCAGCGCCGUGCCCCCCGUGCUCCUCUACUCGCUGGCCGCCGGCGUGCCCGUGCUCGUGAUAAUAGUUGGAGAAACUGCUGUAUUUUGCCUACAACUAGCCACAAGGGAUUUUGAAAACCAGGAAAAAACUAUUUUAACUGGAGAUUGCUGCUAUAUAAACCCACUGGUGCGGAGAACUGUACGGUUUCUUGGAAUUUAUACAUUUGGACUGUUCGCUACGGAUAUCUUUGUAAAUGCUGGACAAGUGGUUACAGGAAAUCUGGCUCCACAUUUUCUCGCCCUAUGUAAACCCAACUACACAGCACUUGGAUGUCAGCAGUAUACCCAGUUCAUCAGUGGGGAAGAGGCCUGCACGGGCAAUCCGGACCUCAUCAUGAGAGCAAGGAAAACAUUUCCAUCCAAAGAAGCGGCGCUCAGUGUCUAUGCAGCCAUGUAUCUGACAAUGUAUAUUACCAACACAAUCAAAGCCAAAGGAACAAGGCUUGCUAAACCUGUGCUAUGCUUGGGCUUAAUGUGUUUGGCCUUUCUUACUGGACUCAACAGAGUAGCAGAAUAUCGAAAUCAUUGGUCAGAUGUGAUAGCAGGCUUUCUUGUUGGAAUAUCUAUAGCAGUAUUUCUGGUUGUGUGUGUGGUAAAUAAUUUCAAGGGAAGACAACCAGAAAAUGAACGUGUACACAUGGACAAUCUGGGACAGAUGCCAAUGAUCAGCAUUCCUCGAGUAGAGAGUCCUUUGGAAAAGGUAACAUCUGUACAGAACCACAUCACCGCCUUUGCAGAAGUCACAUGAUAUUGAAGCAGAUGGAUAUUCACUGCAUUGGACAUCAUCUCUUUUUACCAUCCAUUCAUAACACCCAAAGUUUGUUUAAUCACAAAAUGUUAUAUGGUUCUGUAAUAAUUUUUAUAAUUUUGAAAUCCGAGUCAGCCUAUCUGUUACCCCCACUAGACUGUGAGCUCCUCAAAGGCAGGACUGUGUCUUUCUUCUGUGUAUUCCCAGCACCUACCACAAAGCCUGACUUGCACAAAGUAGGUGUUUAAUAAAAAUGUGAUGACCAAAAGAGCAAAUUAAUUACUCAAAAAUUCACUUAAGUUUCUCACAAAAUCACACAACAAUGUGGAAAAAAGUUUUACGUGUCACAUUUGUAUAUGAGAUCCCUUUAUUUGGGGAUAGUUUUAAGCUUUUUUAAAUUUUCUUUAGACUACUCAAAAGUACAGCAUAUUUCAUUUGAAGUGGACUUGGAAAGUCGGGGGGGCUAUUUUCUUAAUCAGCAUGGCAUUAUUUCCAUUCUAACAUACUCCAGUAUGUGAAAUUACUUUACUUUUAGAAAUUAUGUUCUAGACUAAACUGAUGUUUGCACAUAAUAUAAAGCUAUGUUUCACUUAAAAUACCGUCCGAACUAUCCUUUCUAAGACUGGUGCUUCUGCUUUUGGAGGGGAAAAUGCCAAUUUUUACUGUAAUAAGUAAUGUAUCAUAAUUAAAAUUAUUUAUUUGGA